AUGCCUCACGUCGACAUCUUGUUCAACCAGUUGCAGAAGAGGAAAACCGAGCCAGCGCAAGUUAAAACGGCUAUCGAUAAUUUUGAAAAAUGCAUUGUCGAUGUGAGAAAUAAAAUUGAUGACAUAAUAAAUGAAGCUAAAAGUAUUUGCACUGAAGCCCAAGGCAACAAAAGAGACGACGUAAUAAUAGCAGUCACGAUCACCGAGUUGCCGCAUUAG